GGCUUCUGCUGUCAAGUAGCAGGGGUGGGCUCCGCCGAGGCGAGGAGGGGCGCCGGGUGGGGAGAUGCGCUCCCAGGUGUUUGCGGCGGAAGUGGGAAACCUGUAGGUUAUGGUCCAGCUGUGCCGCGCCGAGACGAGCAGGAGCAGGGAACAGAUAUCUGCUUUGGAUGGUUUCUGAAGCUACAUUCAGAAGUCUUAAGGAGAGAGGCGUGCUGUGGUGUAACUGCCGCUGCAUUCAUUCACAUGGACAGUUUGCAAUAAAUACUAUACACAGAACGACAGAUAAUUCAACAUAGGAGGUGUUUAAUAUUAUCCAACUGCUAUAAAGCUAAAACUGUUUUUGAAAAUUGAACCUAACCUCUACUGAACACAAGAUGAAAAUGUGGUUGCUGGUCAGUCACCUUGUGAUAAUAUCUUUUACAACCUGUUUAUCUGAGUUUACAUGGCACAGAAGGUAUGGUCAUGGAGUUUCUGAGGAAGACAAAGGAUUUGGACCAAUUUUUGAAGAACAACCAAUCAAUACCAUUUAUCCAGAGGAAUCACCAGAAGGAAAAGUUUCGCUAAACUGUAGGGCUCGAGCCAGCCCUUUUCCAGUUUACAAAUGGAGAAUGAAUAACGGGGAUAUUGAUCUGACAAGUGACCGGUAUAGCAUGGUAGGAGGAAACCUUGUUAUUAACAAUCCUGACAAACAAAAAGAUGCUGGAAUAUAUUACUGUUUAGCAUCAAAUAACUACGGGAUGGUCAGAAGCACUGAAGCAACCCUCAGCUUUGGAUAUCUUGAUCCUUUCCCACCAGAGGAACGUCCUGAGGUCAGAGUGAAAGAAGGGAAAGGAAUGGUGCUGCUCUGUGACCCUCCAUACCACUUCCCAGAUGAUCUUAGCUACCGCUGGCUUCUAAAUGAAUUUCCUGUAUUUAUCACAAUGGAUAAACGAAGAUUUGUGUCUCAGACAAAUGGUAAUCUCUACAUUGCAAAUGUUGAGGCAUCAGACAAAGGCAAUUAUUCCUGCUUUGUAUCCAGUCCUUCUAUUACGAAGAGUGUGUUCAGCAAAUUUAUCCCACUCAUUCCAUUACCUGAACGAACAACAAAACCAUAUCCUGCUGAUAUUGUAGUUCAAUUCAAGGACAUAUAUGCAUUGAUGGGCCAAAAUGUGACUUUAGAGUGUUUUGCACUUGGCAAUCCUGUUCCUGAUAUCCGGUGGCGGAAGGUCCUGGAACCAAUGCCAAGCACGGCUGAGAUCAGCACCUCUGGAGCUGUCCUCAAGAUCUUCAAUAUUCAGCUAGAAGAUGAGGGCACAUAUGAAUGCGAGGCUGAGAACAUUAGAGGAAAGGAUAAACACCAGGCAAGAAUUUAUGUUCAAGCAUUUCCUGAGUGGGUAGAACACAUCAAUGACACAGAGGUGGAUAUAGGCAGUGAUCUCUACUGGCCUUGUGUGGCCACAGGGAAGCCCAUCCCUACAAUCCGAUGGCUGAAGAAUGGAUAUUCGUAUCAUAGAGGGGAACUGAGACUGUAUGACGUGACUUUUGAAAAUGCUGGCAUGUACCAGUGCAUAGCUGAAAACACACACGGAGCUAUUUAUGCAAAUGCGGAAUUGAAGAUCUUGGCUUUGGCUCCAACUUUUGAAAUGAAUCCUAUGAAGAAAAAGAUCCUGGCUGCUAAAGGAGGAAGAGUUAUAAUUGAAUGCAAACCUAAGGCUGCACCUAAGCCCAAAUUUUUAUGGAGUAAAGGCACAGAGCGGCUUAUCAAUAGCAGCAGAAUACUCAUCUGGGAAGAUGGCAGUUUGGAAAUCAAUAAUAUUACAAGGAAUGACGGGGGUACCUAUACAUGCUUUGUAGAAAAUAAUAAAGGGAAGGCUAAUAGCACUGGGACUCUUGUUAUCACAGAUCCCACACGAAUUAUAUUGGCCCCCAUUAAUGCUGAUAUCACUGUUGGAGAAAAUGCCACCAUGCAGUGUGCUGCUUCCUUUGACCCUGCCCUGGAUCUCACGUUUGUUUGGUCCUUCAAUGGCUAUGUGAUCGACUUCAACAAAGAGAACAUUCACUACCAGCGGAAUUUUAUGCUGGAUUCCAAUGGGGAGCUGCUCAUCCGAAAUGCCCAGCUGAAACAUGCCGGGAGGUACACAUGCACCGCUCAGACUAUUGUGGACAAUUCUUCUGCUUCAGCUGACCUUGUUGUGCGAGGCCCUCCAGGCCCUCCUGGUGGUUUGCGGAUAGAAGACAUUAGAGCCACUUCGGUGGCACUUACUUGGAGCCGGGGUUCAGACAAUCAUAGUCCGAUAUCUAAAUACAAUAUCCAGACCAAGACUAUUCUUUCAGAUGACUGGAAAGAUGCAAAGACAGAUCCCCCAAUUAUUGAAGGAAACAUGGAAGCAGCAAGAGCAGUGGAUUUAAUCCCAUGGAUGGAAUAUGAAUUUCGUGUGGUAGCAACCAAUACAUUGGGUAUAGGAGAGCCCAGUAUACCAUCAAACAAAAUUAAAACAGAUGGUGCUGCACCUAACGUGGCUCCUUCAGACGUAGGAGGUGGGGGUGGAAGCAAUAGAGAACUGACCAUAACAUGGGCGCCUUUGUCAAGAGAAUACCACUACGGCAACAAUUUCGGUUAUAUAGUGGCAUUUAAGCCAUUUGAUGGGGAAGAAUGGAAGAAAGUGACAGUUACUAAUCCAGACACUGGCAGAUACGUCCAUAAAGAUGAGACCAUGCGCCCUUCCACUGCGUUUCAAGUCAAAGUCAAAGCCUUCAACAACAAAGGGGAUGGACCUUACAGUCUCACAGCCGUCAUUCAUUCUGCACAAGACGCUCCCAGUGAAGCCCCAACAGAAGUGGGCGUAAAAGUCUUAUCAUCUUCUGAGAUAUCUGUUCAUUGGGAGCAUGUUGUAGAAAAAAUUGUGGAAAGCUAUCAGAUUCGAUACUGGGCUGCCCAUGACAAAGAAGCGGCUGCACACAGAGUUCAAGUCACUAGCCAAGAAUACUCAGCCAGGCUGGAGAACCUUCUCCCUGACACCCAGUACUUUGUGGAAGUGAGGGCCUGCAAUAGCGCAGGGUGUGGACCUCCCAGUGAUAUGAUUGAAACCUUCACCAAGAAAGCACCUCCAAGCCAGCCUCCAAGGAUCAUCAGUUCGAUAAGGUCUGGGUCACGCUACAUAAUCACCUGGGAUCAUGUGGUUGCACUAUCAAAUGAAUCUACAGUGACAGGAUAUAAGGUACUCUAUAGGCCUGAUGGCCAGCACGAUGGCAAGCUGUAUUCAACUCAUAAACACUCCAUAGAAGUCCCAAUCCCCAGGGAUGGGGAAUAUGUUGUAGAGGUUCGUGCACACAGCGAUGGAGGAGAUGGAGUGGUGUCUCAAGUCAAAAUUUCAGGUGCCUCCAUCCUCUCCCCGUGUCUUCUCGGCUUCCUGCUGCCUGCCCUUGGCAUCCUUGUCUACUUGGAAUUCUGAAUGUGAUGUGACAGCUGCUGUUCCCAGCCCAGCUCAGAGGACGUCCUUCAUCCCCGUGAUGACUACAGUUCCUUCCAAGUCCUGCGGCUCCAUCCCAAGCCAAAUACAUUGUACUUUAACCAACUCUCCAACUGAUUGACAACACACAUUAUGACUGAGGCAUUCAGGAACCCCUUCAUCCAAAAGAAUAAACUUUUCAAUGGAUAUAAAAUGAUUUUUAACUCGUUCCAAUAUGCCUUAUAAACCAGUUAACCUGAUUCUGUGACAGUUGCAUGAUUUAACUCAAUGGGACAAGUUACAGUGUUCAAUUCAAUACUAUAGGCUGUAGAGUGAAAGUAAAAAUCACCAUACACAGGUGCUUUAAAUUUAAUAACAAGUUGUGACAUAUAAUAGAGGUUGAAAUGUUGAUCGUACGUGGUAAAUGUAAGAGUAACGCAGUCUCUUGUACUAGCCUCUCUGUUUUGGGUCCUGCCUGUUUUUGAAUGGCCCCUAUCAUUCACGACAUUUUGAAUUUUCUUGAAAAAAAAAAAAAGUAGAACAUUUGACAUAAGUUCCAAUACCAAAUCAUUUUACUGAAUGAGUUGGAAGAUUUUGAAUAUUGAAAACCAAAUUCUAGAACUUAUUAUCAGUAUUCUUAUUUUGGAAGUAAGUAAUUUUCUAAAUAUUUGAUUUUCAGAAUCAGUAAUACUUUUAAGUUAGUUUUUUAAUGGUAAAAUUAACAUACUAUAUGAAGGUUGUUUUUUUUUUACUUUUGUAUUCUACUCUGAUAUUAUUUUAUGCUUUUCUUAUCAUCAGUUUCAAACCUCAAAAAUCACUGCUCUUGUGUAGAGUAUCAUCAUAUUGCUGUAUUUAUUCAUAUGUGAACUGAUGAAUUUUGAAAAGUAGAGUGCUUCAAUUUUUUAAAUUGAGGUGUGACAGUCUUUACACAGUUAGGAAUAAAUGACAGUUAAGUGAGUAUCAGAAUUAUCUAAUAAGAGUCCAGUGUCUUUGUUCUUGUGCUUCAUUUCUAAGUAAAAUCUUUCUUUGUUCAAGGUAUGGGAUCAAAAAAUCACCUGUAGUUUGGAAAAACUAUAGGACUCCUUAUUUUUGUAAAUUUAGUUUUAAACUCAUUUCCUGCUUGAAUGCAAUACCGAAAACUGGCUAAAAAUACCAAAUCAAUACGUUGCUAAUGGUACUUUGAAGAGUAUGCAAAACUGGAAGGCCAGGAGGAGACAAAUAUUGUGUCUGUCCAAUGGUGUCUCCCAAGUGUUGGUGCUUUAGGUUUUUAUAAGUUGUGAAAAGGAAGACACACAUUUCUUCAUUCUCCAUGGUGUGCACGGAAAUGUGUUUGAGUGUGGAUGUGAAAGAAAUCAAGUAAUAAAGGAUUAGCUGGCUUAUGAAAUAGUGCAAUGUCUGAUGCUUCAAGAGGUAUAAUCCUAUUUUAUUAGCACAACCUUGCUAGCUAAUUAGAGAUAGAGUUUAUCUUUUUAGAAAGGAUACCUUAUAGGUUCAUAAAAAAUAUUUACAGGAAGCAAAAUAGAUCUAUUACUAUUUUACCCCCCUUUCUUUAAUUUGUAUAAUUUUUGUACUAUAUAUCUAUGUGUAAAUGUUUAGAGCUUUCAUUAUAAAAAUAUCAAGAAAUAUUUCAUUAGUUUACAUUUAACUCUUUGUUAUAAAAUGAAACUUUUUAAAAAUAUGUGAAAUGGAUGAUUCCCCAGUGGAAGUAUGUCAACAGUCUUAAGAUCAUUACCAGAGUUCUUCAAGUAUUUAAUUAUUUGGGGAAAAAAAAAAAAAAACUCUUCAUACUUUAAGGAAACAAAUACUCCGUAAGCCUUCUGUACAAAUGUUUGUGUUUUCAUUGUUACACGUUGGGGUUUUCCUUUUGCAAUGUGACCCAUGUUGGGCAUUUUUAUAUAAUCAACAACUAAAUUUUUUGCCAAAUGCAUGCUUGCCUUUUAUUUUCUAAUGUAUGGUAAUAAAGAGCAAAACAGGUUAGAUUUUGCAUGAAAUGGUUCUGAAAGCUAAGAAGAAAACAGAUUUUGGAGGUUGUUUGUUUAAUUUUAAAUUCGUGACAGAGAUGAGGUAGAUUAAAAUUUCAUUCCUCUGAUAAUUCACGCAUUUCAUUUCCUCAUACAGUUGUACAAAUUUGACUGGGACCAUCAGUUUGAAACUGUUGUCAAACUAACUAAUGUAUCAUCUGCUUUAAGACGCAAGAUUCUUAAUUAAACUUUAUAUAGAUAUAGACA